AAAAGCCAAAUAAGGUAUACCUGUAUGUGUUCAUGGUCUUAGCAAUUUAUCUAAUAUAUUAAUAUUAGAGGGACAAAAGACAGCCAUGAUUUCCUCGCACAAGUGAAAUAAAAUUCAUUAUAAAUUUGUAUGAAGGCCUAACCUGUUCAAAGCUAAUGAUGAUGAUGACAAUUCAUGGGUUACAACAAGAUGGGUUCUCCAUCAUCUCUUCACCUGCAAAUUAAUCAGGUCCACAUUAAGUGGACCGCAGCUUAAUCUAGCAAUUAAUUUGGGAAUGAGCGCACGAUAGAUUAGCAGCUGAAAUUGUUGUUAUUCUUAAUACAUAAAUAAUGCCAAUAACACCAACUGCAGGGGUCCAGAACUGAAGGUUCUUAUAUAAAAAUGAAAGGUAUAAUAUCUAUAUUAAAUUCAAUUAGGAAAGUAAAAGGUGGGAAAAGAGCAUGUGGGUGUUAGAGAAAAUCACAUGAUCAUCUGAUUAAAAAAACCACCAAAUAAUGCCAUAAAUUUUAAGAAAGGUAUGAGGUUAUUUUAGUCCCACUCAUGCAAAAAAAAUUUACCGAUCCAUGUCCAUCCCAUCUAAAGCCCUUGAAGACAAGUAAAACCAAGAAGAUAUGGCUACCACGAAUGCGUGGAGAAGUUGGAAGUUGAUGAGGAAGCCUUUCCUUUUGGGAGAGCAGGCUGACUCAGGAGGAUGACUUGUUAUAUAUAGAGGAAAGUAGGUUCGCUAAUUUUCUAAUGAGGCUUAAAAGCUGUCUCAUGAUGUAGGAUAAAGGCUAAAUAUAAAUAGCCCCAGUUCCUUCAUUGCAUCAUUUCUGUGCCUUUCUUCGUCUUUCUUGUUUAUCACUCCAAGUUCAUACGCACUAGCAUGGAGGAUCAAUUCCCUAAGAUGCAAACCUUCUUGAGAAAGGAAUUGCCAUCGUAUUUUCAGGGGCCAGUGGGUUCGAGAUUCUUUGGAGAUGCCACCAUCUGGGAUGGCCUAGCUGAAAGCGCAUCUUGCAACCAUGUCACUGGCAGCAACGUGAAACUAUCAUCGUCAUCACCUGAUAGUUUGUUUUCAAGCUCCGAAUCUACUUCUUCAGUGGAUGAGGCUUCUGCUUCCAAUUUAGUGAAGAACAUGCCAGAAUUCACUAGAGAAGAUCCCCUGCAAACGCAGCAUGGUGUUCCAUUUUUCUCCGGAUCUAAUUCUGUGAACCUGAGUGGGGCUUCAAGUACUUCAGAUGUCAAUCAAAGGUUCAUUCCUGUAAAUUUCUUGGAAUCCUUCCCAGAACUAACACCAGCUCAAGUGUCUGGCCCACCUUCUCCUUCUUCCUCAUCAACUGCUUCAAAUUUCCCAAAUUUAACUUUGUUUUUGCAGGAACCUUCUACUGUCGUCAUAGAUCCAUCAACACAAAUUGCCAACUCGCUUGGCAGGAAUGAAAAGUGUGAGCCCAUGUCAUCAUGUCCUUUAUUCCCCACACCCCAGCUGAGCCAAAGCCAGCAUCUUCCCGGAUUUGAAUGGCUCAAAAUAAAUCAAAGCCUUGCAAACCAUCCCUCAAAAGGUCUGAGUGACUACUGGCUCAGCACUACCAAGACACAGCCCAUGAAAUACACGGGAAGAAGAAUGCUGAAUCACCAACAGAAAACUUCGCUGUCGUCCUCAGCAUCGUCUCCGGGAAAGUUGUUUCGAGGGGUGAGGCAAAGACACUGGGGCAAGUGGGUUGCUGAGAUAAGGUUACCGAGAAACAGGACCAGGGUUUGGUUGGGAACUUUUGAUACUGCUCAAGAGGCUGCUUUUGCAUACGAUACAGCGGCCUACAUUCUAAGAGGAGACUAUGCGCAUUUGAAUUUCCCAGAGCUAAAGCAUCAGCUUAAGGCCAAUUCUACAAAUGGAACCACGGCAGCCCUUCUUGAAGCAAAGUUACAAGCCAUAUCCAAAGGCAUUUCAGCUCACAAAGAGCCCAUUGCUCCUCCACCACCGCCAUCACCAAAGCAGCACUACUUGCCUUACGACAAUUCAAAAGUAGCGAAAGCAGUGAGCCAAAACCCCACAAGUAAGGAGUGGCAGCUUGAGUUGGAGUACAAAAUUGCCCAUGAGAUUGUUGAGAACAAGAAAAUCCAGGAGGUAGUAUUGGACAUGGACGGAGUUCAGUUAAGUAGAAUGCCCUCCUUGGACAUGGACGCAAUCUGGGAUGCCAUUCUAGUCUCUGACUCAUGAAUUUAUUUCCCAUCAUUUUCAAAAAUUUAAAUCGAAGAUCAUGCAGACGUUGUGUUGAAUGGAUUGUUGAUUCUUCUCCAUCAAUGUUUUCUGCCCUUAGCACCACAAUCUCCACAUGAUUUGCCACUCUAUCUAGCCCAUUAGAUUGUUCUUGAUUUCUUCUUUAAUUCACACUGCCAUAUUUUAGGAUCUGUGCUGUAGUCUCUCUUUGAACAUGGUAUUUGCUUAAAUAUAUGAUGUUUCUUGAGGCA